GAAAGGGAGCGGCGGAUUGGCGACAGGAGGAGAGAGGUCUUGUAACCGGCGAGAUGGAGGCCGCGCUGUUCAUCUUCUCGCUGGUCGACUGUUGCGCUCUCAUUUUCCUAUGUGUUUACUUUAUAAUCACGCUGUCUGACUUAGAAUGUGACUACAUCAAUGCUCGCUCUUGCUGCUCAAAAUUAAAUAAGUGGAUAGUUCCUGAACUUAUUGGCCAUACGCUGGUGUCCGUGUUAAUGCUGGUUUCACUGCAUUGGUUCAUCUUCCUUUUAAAUUUACCUAUAGCCGCAUGGAACAUUUAUCGAUUUAUUAUGGUGCCAAGUGGGAAUCUAGGUGUGUUUGAUCCAACAGAGAUUCACAACAGGGGACAACUGAAGUCGCACAUGAAGGAAGCUAUGAUCAAGCUUGGCUUUCAUUUGUUGUGCUUUUUCAUUUACCUCUACAGCAUGAUUCUGGCGUUAAUAAAUGACUGAGGUCUUAAAAGAUAAUCUUCACUCUUGGACUUUGAACGCUUUCAGACGGCCACCGUGAACAAAAGAACAAAGACAUAAAAUCAGUUCAUGCAGAGUAAUUUUCGUUUCCGUGUUUGAAAACAAACUCUUUUUUUUGCCUUUUUUAACAUACAAAUGUAUUUCAAAAGAAAACAAAUAUGCAUUUAAGUGACAUUGAUUUUCCACUCAUUUUUGUGUCUUCUCUGUGGAGGAUUGCUGACCUGGGAGUAAAAGGUUUUUUUGUUUUGUUUUUUAACAUAAUCAUUUUCUAUCACCAUCUACAGUAUCUAAACUAAGUUUCAGGGCUAAAUUACAUUCCAAUUGUAAAUUUUUUGAACUGAUAGCAUCAAAGUUCUUAGUAGACUUUGUUAGAAAUAUUUAUUGAUACUACCAAUUCAUAAACUUUAUAUCUAAUGUAAACUAGCCCUUAGUGGGGUAAAAAUAUGCCAAGAAAACUCUGUUUUUGAACUAAAUGCAGAAAAGGCCUAUUGCAAAUCUUUCAGAAGGAUUUUAAACAAAGAUUAAAUGAAUGCUUAUUCAAUGCACUGAAUGGAAGCUGUAGAAGUUUCUGAUCAUAUUGGUAAAGCAAUAAAUAGAACCUGUCCGUAAAUAUGAACUUUUUACAUAGUUUGAAAAGCUAUUAUAUUCUCUCAAUGCUGUUAAAUGUUUACAAUGUGUAUUUGUAAUUAAACAGUAUAAACCAUCUUGUAGUCAUGUGAUAAUAGCAGCCUAAUGUUUAUCAUAGUUGUAGUACAGAAGUUUCAUAUUGUCUAAACAGAAGACCAAUAACGAUGCACAAAAAAUAAAAUGGGGGAGCUUUUGAUACCA